GUCUAUGUUUGCCGGCGGCUGCGAACUGGCGAAGAGCUGGCGGUCAAGGUCAUCAACCUCGCCAAGCUCAUGCUCAUGGGUGACUAUGAAAGCGUUUGGGCUCAGGGAGAGGCACUCAGCUGGAUUCUAGACUCCAGCAUCGGCUUCUGGCUGCCCUGCCCGCGCCCACACGCGAUGGCGUUCGCGGAACAGGCGACGCAAGACGACAACACAAUUCUCUAUGUUGUGGUGGGCGUCUACAUCGCGCUUCUUAUUGGUAUUGCAAAGCUGGCCAACUCGAGAAGGCAGAAGUCGUCCGAGGUACUGGGCAAGGUCAAGGCGCAUUUCAGCGGCUCUUAUGGCUCCUUUGUGCUGAUGCUCACAACAUUCUCUACCGUGUACUCGGGCUUCACUGUUACAGGAAUCCCAGAUGAGGCCUUUGCGAAGGGCUUCGUGUCGCUUAGAUGGGCUUUUGGGGCUGGGGCUUUCCCUGAAAGGCUCCGAAGACUCGCAAUGGACCGCAAUUACACCAGCCCUUUCGAUUUCAUCUCCGACCGCUUUGGCACCAAGCGCUUGAGAGUUCUUUGCGCAGUGUGUGGUGUCAUCCCAAUGGUUUUGUACAUCACAGCUCAGAUGAUUUCCUUUGCUGCAAUGGUGGAGGGGAUGACUAUGCAAGCAGUUCCCAAAUGGGCCAGCAUGGUGAUUUUUGCUGUGAUGAUCUUUGCUUUGGAGAUGCUGGGCGGAAUGAAUAGCGUUGUCUUCACGGACGUUGUGCAGUGCAUUGUCAUGAUUGGGUCCUUCCUGGUAGUUCCAUUCCUGCUUGGGGCAGAGUGGGGCUUUUUGCCAGAGAUGGCGCCUGCCGAUUGCCCGUACUUGGUGGACGUAUCGGCAAAGGCGCCAAACCGGUAUGACGCACCGGCCUCUUGUGCUGGUUCCGACUGCGUUGCAGCUGGCUGCAUACAAGCGGUAAAGCCGGAGUUCUAUGACUUUCCGAAGCGAUCCACUCUAUGUGACAUACUCUUCUUUUUGAUAAACAUGCUUGCUGCACCAGUGCAACCACACAUGCUCCAGCGAGCUUACAUAGCACGGAGCGAUUUUGAUCUACGCAUCGUGAUUGGCGCCAUGCUCUUGGCUCCAUUCAUUGCCCAGCCCCCUGGGAUCGUGAUUGGUUUGACCAAGGCCGCCAAUGACCCGGCUUGGCCAGCCGUUGAUCAAGACGCUACGGCUUUCUCAGGGCUCACUGCACAGCUGAAGCUUGUGGGCCCAUUCCAGUAUUUCUUGGUCUCAGUGAUGACCUGCUCUGCCCUUGCAGCCAUUAUGUCCACGGCGGACUCUGCCCUCAUGGGGGUCUCAAGUGUGGUGUCUAUUGACAUAUUGCAGGGAACCCUCUUUCCUUCCAUGUCCACUGACAGCGUCGUACGAGCUGGCUUCAUGAGCUCACUGUGCACCUGCACCGUUGCCUUCUUCAUGGGCACGUUUCUGAGCAGCGAUCAAAUGGGCGCCAUCAUUGUGUUCCAGAACGGGAUGCUGUUGCAGCUACUGCCCGCAUUCGGACUCGGACUUUAUUCGCAUAUCUCUGAGCGGUCACUGAGUGCAGGAAUCAUUGUUGGACUGGUGUCCUUGAUUUUACUCGUUAUCUUUGGAAACCCUGUCGAUGACUACGUGCCUGACAUCAAUGUUUCAGCUUUCCUGAACUUUCUUACCGUGGGCCUCGUGCACGUGUUGUUGCCCGGCUCCAAUAAGCAACUUCUGAACAUCUCUGGAAUUCGGGAGGUUAUGGCAACGUCCAGAGAGCCCAGCCACUUCUUGAUAUUGCUCAUGUUCGGAACAGCUUUGCUGUCCGCACCGUGGUAUCGAAGACCGGGCGAGCAAGAUCCUAUGUUCUUUGGUGUUCCGCGAUGGGGCUGCGUCCAGAUUGCUGCCUAUGUCGUGAUCUUUUUAAUUGGCGCUGUUGCAGUAGCCAGGUGGAGACCGCCUGCAGAAGCCAAGGACGAGAGACAGAGGCCUGCAGAGAAAAUUGAUGGUGUUGCAGAGCCUCGCUUUGAAGGUAAAGAUGAACCGGGAGGUGCAGAUCCUACAAGGAUCGUCAACCUGCAUGAUGUACACAGGACGAAGCAAUGGGUCUUCCUGGUUAUGGAACUGGUCAGAGGUGGCGAGCUUUUUGACGCGAUCGUGAGUAGCAAGACACUCAACGAAGUUGAGGCUAGGUACAUCUUCCGCCAACUUUUGGAGGGAGUUGGAUACAUGCACUCCAAGAACGUCAUCCAUCGAGACUUGAAGCCAGAGAAUAUCCUCAUUGGCUCUUGCAGGGAGUUGCCGCCGCCACUGACAGGGACAUUGCGCGAAGUGAAGAUAGCUGAUUUCGGCCUUUCGAAGAUCAUCAAUGAGGGCUCGUCCUUCGCGAAGACCUUCGUGGGCACACCCCAAUACUGGGCGCCUGAGGUCCUGAAUGUGCAGAGAGGGGGCGGCGUCUACACCCAAGCAGCUGACUUUUGGAGUCUCGGAGCUGUACUCUUCGUGAUGCUGGGCGGCCGCUAUCCCUUUGAUGGCAAAGCAAUGCCAUUGGAGGAGCAGAUCCGAACCGCCAGUUACAGCAUGACUUCCGCGGCCUGGCAGCGCGUGUCCGGGGAAGCAAAGGACAUGGUCCGGGGACUCCUGAAGGUGAACCCCAACGACCGUCUCAAGUUGGAGGACUGCAUAGUUCAUCCUUGGAUGGCUGGAGGCCGUUGGAAAGAGGCGAAACACGCAUUUUGA